AUGGAAAAGAAAAGAAGAAAAAGGAACCUAAUCUCUUUCCCAAUUUCAACUGCCCCUUGUGAUAUUUUGCCGGUGAUGCUUCAUUCUGGGCCUAAUUUUUGCUGGGCUGGAUUUUGGCCAGCGGCGUUGCAUAGCUCCUUGGCCCACGACAUUGGUCACGUCGUUCGGACCCAUUGCCCGAUGCAAUGGAAGUCUUGGAAGGUCAUGCCUGACGAAAUCAAGAUAGAGGUUCGCGGCCAGUUGUCGACGAACUAUAACUUAGAGGACCUAGACGAGGAGUCGUUGGCGUACGUCAACAGACUCUUUGGUGAAAGGUACAAGCAGUGGAAGAGCGACUUGCACCACCAUUUUCAGGCGUUUGAUGAUCCGCAAGUCGCUCUUCAGGAAGGUUGCCCAAAGGAGCUUGAGGGGCGGGAGGAUAGUUGGGCGUGGCUCUGCGCUCAUUUUCAGGCGCCUGAUUAUGUGAAUAAAGCCCAAGUGAAUAAGGGCAAUAGGAAGAAGAAGACUCUUCUCCACCAUUCUGGCUCCAGGCCCUUCUCAUAUAGGAUGGAUGCACAGCGGCGAGGGGGGUCGAAAUUCCCAGAGAUCGACGUCUUUGGUGACGUUUAUGUUCGACCUGGGAAUGAGUUGGCCGAGUCCCUUCAUACGACAAUGGUGGAGAGGAGCCAGUUGGUUCUUCAGGAGUCCGCCUCCCAACUUCCUCCCGAGACUCCGAUCGAGUCUGUGGAUCCUCCACAAGAUGCUAGAUUUCAGAUCUUGACGAAGACAUUGGAUCAGACUCUUGGGAGGAGGCCGGGAACAUAUUGUAGAGGGAUGGGGAAUGCCCGACAGAGAGAACCUUGA